AUGGAACAACUCUUAGCGACCUAUACCAACGGAAGAGCGAACAUUGUCAUCGUCGGACGAAACCAGGCCGCUGCAGACCGCAUCGUUGCAUCUUUCCCCGAGCCACCCUAUCCGAACGAGACAAAUAGCAUCACAGUCAAACACGAGUUCAUCCAGUGCGAUGUGUCGUUCAUAUCCAACGUGCGAGUUGCCGUCGAAGAGAUCAAGAAGCGGUACAGCAAGAUCAAUAUGCUCGUAUGCAGUGCCGGGGCUCUUGCAAUGUCGCAAAAGAUAACAACCGAAGGACUUGACGAGUCGCAUGUGCUCCGGACAUACGCCCGCACCAAGUUCAUUUACGAACUUCAGCCACUGCUCUCCAAUGACAGGGCUGCCGGUGAGGAUGCACGAGCAAUGAUUAUCCUCAAUGCCGCCACGAGCAACAAGGUCGACCUCGAAGAUCUGGACAUCAAGAAAUUCUCUAUGAUAAGCGUCAUGGGCGAACGCCAUCCGGACUUGGCGUUUAUCCACAUCUUUCCUGGAGGUACUGACAUGCCAGGUCUGCAUAAAACGUGGUACCUGAGUCUUGCGGCUACUCGCAAAACCUCUACUUCGGAGACUGGAAGAUGCCGC